UAAAUAAAUAAAAAUAGGAGAAAGAAAAGAAAAUAAGGCUUGUGUAGGAGAGAGAGAGAGAGAGCGCGGCGAGAAGAGCAGAGGGAGGGGAGAUGUUAAGCAGAGGAGUGGUGGUCAGUUGCAGCGGCCAAUCACAGAGGUUGUUCUCCGCCGUCUCCGGAUUCUCCGCCGCUCGCUUCCUUCCACCUCCGUCGUCUUCUCCUUCGUCUAGAUUCGCGAGCGUCGCAUGGAGGAGCAGCUUCUGCUCUAGCGGCGAUCCCAAGCCCCGGCCGAGGAUGGAGACUCUCAAGGCCGCCCGCGCCUCGGCCCCGCCCCUCCGGGACGCCGACGACCUCAUCGACUCCGUCGAGACCUUCAUCUUCGACUGCGACGGAGUAAUAUGGAAAGGGGAUAGCCUGAUCGACGGAGUCCCCGAAACACUCGAUAUGCUCCGCUCAAAGGGCAAGAGAUUGGUUUUUGUUACCAACAACUCAACCAAGUCCAGGAAGCAAUAUGGGAAGAAGUUUGAGACCCUUGGACUCAAUGUGAAUGAGGAAGAGAUAUUCGCAUCGUCUUUUGCAGCUGCUGCAUACCUAAAAUCUAUCGAUUUCCCCAAGGAUAAAAAGGUUUAUGUGAUUGGUGAGGAUGGCAUCUUGAAGGAGCUUGAGCUAGCUGGAUUUCAAUACCUUGGUGGUCCUGAAGAUGGUGGGAAAAAGAUAGAGCUCAAGCCUGGGUUCUACAUGGAGCACGACGAGGAUGUCGGUGCUGUCGUGGUUGGAUUUGAUCGAUACUUCAAUUACUACAAAAUCCAGUACGGAACACUUUGUAUACGCGAAAAUCCUGGAUGUCUAUUCAUUGCCACUAAUCGUGAUGCCGUAACUCAUCUCACUGAUGCACAGGAAUGGGCAGGUGGCGGUUCUAUGGUUGGUGCCAUCAGGGGAUCUACUCAGCGUGAGCCAGUGGUUGUAGGGAAGCCAUCAACUUUUAUGAUGGACUACCUAUCAAACAAAUUUGGCAUUCAAAAGUCUCAAAUUUGCAUGGUCGGGGACAGACUGGAUACUGAUAUUCUGUUUGGCCAAAAUGGAGGCUGUAAAACUCUUCUAGUUCUCUCAGGUGUGACCUCUUUGCCAAUGCUUCAAAGUCCAGACAACAAAAUACAGCCAGAUUUCUACACCAAUAAAAUAUCCGAUUUUCUCUCUCUCAAAGCAGCAACUAUCUGACCAUUUUUCGCACAGUUAUCUGGCUAUGUCACUAUCUUGUGAUUAUCUAAUUGUGCUAAAUACCUAAACUCAUUCAUUGCUCACAAUGUUUAGGCACCUUUUAUGCCCCCACAAUCGUUAGAAACCCUUCUGCCUGAGUAGCAAAAACGAAUGAGAGUGAUGGAACUUGGUUAUAAAG